CACGACAGUGAUGAGUGAAGAGUGAGAGUAAAAGACGGACAGCUUGCAAUGAAUCAAGAAUUUCACCUACCAUAUUUCCUUCCUUUUUAGCCUCUUCCUCUCUCACUCUCUCUUCUUCACACACCCAAUUUUCACUUUCAUUUCUCUUCAUCCUUUUUCACAGUAGAAUAGGCUGUAGUAACAGCAUAGGGGUUUGGGUUUCUUUUUGUCCUUUUUGUUCUGUUUCUUUGAGGCUUUUUCAGGCUUUUUCUCUGCUGUUUCUCAAGACUCAGACUGGGCUUGUUUGCCUUGAAAUUUGUGACCAAAAAAGAAUUCUCCCAAUACCUGUGUCAGUUGACAUAGGAGUUUUUGGGUGGGAAGAUUUUUCUUCUGAGGGGUUUACGCACAGACAUUUAGUGUGGAGGAAACUGAGUUCUGACAAUUUUGUGCACUCAAGCUCUCUGCAUUUUGGGAUCUUCAGAUUUUGCCUUUGCAAACACACUCUUGAGGAAUUUUUUUGAGAGACUUGUAUAGAAAUGACAGGUCCAAAUUGCAUGGAUGAAAAUGACUGUGGAAACUUCUUUGAUCAAAUUGAUGAUUUGAUUGAGUUUCCUCCUGACAAUGAAUAUGGCGAUGACAACCUUGUUGAAUCAGGCGAUUGCAACGAUUUUGCGUGCAUUUUAAAUGAUCCCUUGCCGGAUUCCGACCCCCUUUUCUUCAAUAGCAAAUGCAAUUCUGUGUCUGAUCUAUCCGCAGAGCUCUCUGUUCCGUACGAGGAUAUCGUACAGCUGGAAUGGCUUUCUACAUUUAUGGAGGAUUCAUUCUCUGGUGCGGGGAUGACUCUAGGAAAGGAGAACCUUCAUGUUGACAAGGAGCCAUCCCACCAACAAUUCCAUACCUCCAGUCCCGUUUCGGUGCUAGAGAGCCUCAGCACCAGCAGUAGCAGUUCCUGCUCAGUUGGAAAGAUUAUGCCUCUCGACCCAAGUCAGCGUGGUCCACAUUGUGCCCGGAGCAAACGUCCACGCCUUCCAACUUUCAAACCCCAAGCAGGGAUUCAACUUAUUUCCCCUUCAUCCUCCUUUAUAGAGGCCCCACAGCCAUUUGCCACUCCUAUCGUUUCCUCAGAUUCUGAAAAUUUUGCAGAAUCUCAACCUAUGGAAAAGAUUAUGAAACCGGUUAGAGCAGAGCAAAAGAAGAAAAGGAAAAUUAAAUCAUUUGUGCCUGUUGGUCCUAUGGAAGUGAAUCGAAACCCUCCAGCACAAGCAGUUAGGAAAUGCAUGCAUUGCGAGAUUACGAAGACUCCACAGUGGAGGGCUGGCCCAAUGGGUCCAAAAUCUCUAUGUAAUGCUUGUGGUGUUCGCUACAAGUCAGGCCGCCUUUUCCCUGAAUACCGUCCAGCUGCAAGUCCUACAUUUGUUCCAUUGUUGCACUCAAACUCCCACAAGAAAGUUAUCGAGAUGAGAACCAAGGGUGGGGCCGAAACCACUGCAAUUACCUCGACCACCAUCAAGUCAGAAUCUUUCUCGAACGCCUCCCUGUCGUACUAGCUAUGAAAGAAAGAAGUCCUUGUGCAAACUGUCGUCCUUAUUAGUCUAGUAUUAUUGUCUGCAGUUGUUUCAUUCCUAUGUUCAUUGGUUCUUUGUACAGAAAUGUAAUGUGGAGUGGGAGUAACAAUAGACCGUAUUAUAAUUCGCAGGGAGGAGGAAUGAGAUGAGAGAGUUCGGAAAGUCUAGUUGAUAAGUCGACUUUAGGACUAGGGUGAGCUUUUAGUCUUGUUUAGAUUAGUAGUUUUCUGAUCAGUAUUAUCUAUUUCUUAGUCUGUCUUGUUUACAUGUCAUGGAAUUCUUUUUGCAGUUAAUUUGUAGGAAUUCGAAAUGUUAAAAAUCUGAAUUAUGUUUUAUC